CUCGAUCUUUCUCUCUCUCUACAACAACUGCUAAGUUCUAAAGCAGCAAGCAAGCAAGCAUACGUCUUUCUUCUUCCUUUGUGAAUUCCGAUUUCCGGGUGCAGUGAAUUUUGUUGACUCAAACAUUUUCAACUGGGCGAUUGGCGGAUCCAUCCUUCGCCGUCAUCGCCUCUUUUCCACCAUCAAUGGCUUCUACUGAAGGUCUCGUCCCAAUAACAAGGGUGUUUCUAGCUUCUUACUAUGACAAGUAUCCUUUUUCUCCUCUAUCCGACAAUGUCUCUCGUCUCACAGCUCAGAUUCGCUCUAUUUCUGAUGAUUUAUCCAAUGACUUUCCUCUUGAUCAAGAGGAGACCUUGUUGGCAAGUGAAGCAGCUGAGCAGCCUCCUAAUAAAAUUGAUGAGAACUUUUGGAAGAACAGAGAGCAAAUUGAAGAAAUUAUUUUCUUGUUAGAAAGUUCUAAUUGGCCAGAUCUGGUUAGAAAGCAGGGGACUGCUGAUGAUGCUCAUCUUGCUGGUCUCUUUGGACAGUGGAAAGAAAGAUUUCAGAAAACUCUUAAGACAUUGCAGUUCUUUCAAUCUCGGAAUUCGGAAUUUGUAUUCAAUAUGGUUAUGACCUACAUGCCCCAGGAUUUCCGAGGUACCUUGAUUAGGCAGCAAAGAGAGCGCUCAGAGAGGAAUAAGAUAGCUGAAGUUGAUGCAGUGGUUAAUUCUGGUGGUAGUAUACGUGAUCGUUAUGCAUUGCUUUGGAGACAACAAAUGGACAGGAGGCGGCAAUUAGCUCAACUUGGUUCUGCCACCGGUGUCUACAAGACCCUAGUGAAGUAUCUAGUUGGAGUGCCACAGGUGUUACUUGACUUUAUUCGACAGAUAAAUGAUGAUGAAGGGCCUAUGGACGAGCAACGGCGGCGUUAUGGACCUCCUCUAUACAGCCUUACAAAGAUGGUGCUCAAUAUUCGUCUUUUGCUUUCUCUAUCAUUGAGGCACUUCGAAACUAGAAAACUAGAGAGAGAACAAAUAACUGUUCUGGAAGAAGCCGUGGAUGUGUAUACCUCCGAGUUUGAGAGAUUUGUUGAAUUUCUUGGUGAGGUCUUCGCCAAUUCUCCAUUCUUUAUCACAGCAGAGGCUGCUGGUGCGAUGGGAGGAGAGAAUAAUGACUAUAGAGAAAUAAGUGUUUCAGCAGGAAGAACUUAUGAGGUUUCUUUGACAGUGGAAUCUAUAAACUCUUAUAUUGCUUGGGAUUUCUCUUUGGUCCAGGGAAAAAUAAACAUGGAUAUAGGAUUUAGCUUGGAGUACAUAGAUUCUUCAGGACAGAAGAUGAUGAUAUUGCCUUACAAGCGCUACGAAGCUGACCAGGGUAACUUCUGCACGUGUAUGACUGGGAACUAUAAACUUAUUUGGGACAACUCUUACUCAUCUUUCUUUAAAAAGGUUUUACGGGUCAAAGUAGACUGCAUACCUCCAGUUUCAGAUUCGGCUACUUCAGAAACAGAAUUACAAGGUUCCGAUUAGAGAGCAUUUGGGGUUAUGUUGAUAGUAUGAAGGCGUACAAAUUCUACAUUCUAACAUAUGUGGAGUGAAGUUUCUCAUCGAAAAAAUGUUGUACUAUAUAUUUCUUCUCAUGAUUCAUUUGUUUGAUGAUGUGAUAUUGCGAUGACGGGCUAAGAUUGCUUAAUUUGCUUUCGAUAUCUUUUCUCAAAGAAGAAUGCAUGUAUAAAAUGAUGUGGUAUCUUUUCUCUAAGAAUGGUGGAACUUUAUGUGA